ACAAUUGAUCAAACAAAUUGUUGAGGAAAUAUCAAAACAAUUAAAGUGAAUUAGUACCAAUAAGAAUCUUUUUGGAAUGGAACGUCGUCUGCAGAAAUUAAUAGAUGAUUAUUUACAAACAGAAUUGGAUGACGUUCGCGUCAUUGGCAUAUGUGGGAUGGGAGGAAUAGGUAAAACUACAACUGCUAGAGUUUUAUAUGAGACACUUUCGAAUCAAUAUGAAUGUAGCAGCUUUGUUGCCAACGUUAGAGAAGUCUCUGGAUCAAUAGGUCUAGCUCCUUUGCAAAAACAACUCCUUUCUGAAGUCAUAAAAGCAAGAAAUUUACAAAUAAGCGAUUAUCAUCAAGGAAUCAAUUUGAUAAGUAGUCGGCUUUGUAGGAAAAGAGUUUUUCUUGUUCUUGAUGAUGUUGAUCAAUUAGAACAAUUGGAAGCAUUGGCUGGAGAGCAUGAGUGGUUUGGUUCUGGUAGUAGAAUCGUCAUUACAACUAGAGAUCAACAUUUGCUUGUAAGCCAUGGAAUAAAAGAUACACAUAUAUAUAAGGUUGAAGGAUUGAAACAUGAUGAAGCUCUCAACCUGUUUGAAUCAAAGGCGUUCAAAAACAAGAAACCCUCUGAUAAGUAUGUUUGGCUCUCCAUGAGUGUCGUAAGUUAUACGCAAGGACUUCCAUUAGCUCUUGUAGUGUUGGGAUCCUAUUUGUGUAAUAGAAGUGUAGAGGAAUGGACAAGUGCCUUGGACAGACUACGGGAUGUUCCACAUGAAAGAAUUGCAAAAGUGCUAAGAAUAAGUUAUGAUUCCCUAGAUCAAAUAGAUAAAAGAAUAUUUUUAGAUAUCUCAUGUUUCUUUAAUGGGAAAAACAAAGAUCAAGUCAUGGAAAAACUGAAUGGUUUUGGUUUUAAUUCAGCCAUAGGAAUAAAAGAACUCGAACAAAAAUCUCUAAUAACCAUCCGAAAUAAUGAAUUGUGGAUGCAUGAUUUGAUACGAGAAAUGGGUUGGGAAAUUGUUCGUGAACAACAUCGUGAUAACCCUGGAAAAUGGAGUAGGUUAUGGCUUUCUAAGGAUAGCUUUCGUGUUUUGAGAGAAAAUAUGGGAACUGAUGCAGUUGAAGGAAUGAUACUGGACCAGCCUGAAGUUGAAAUUCUAAACUUGAAUGGUAAAUCCUUGUCUAAAAUGAACAAUUUGAGACUGCUCAAAAUCAGUAAUGUGCACAUUUCGGGAGACCUAGAGUACCUCUCAAAUGAGUUGCGAUUUCUGAAAUGGCAUAAAUAUCCUUCAAAUUCUUUGCCUUCAAGUUUUCAUCCUCAGAAUCUUUGUAAACUCAACAUGUGUUAUAGUCAUGUCCAACAUCUUUGGAACGGAAUAAAGGCUUUUGAGAAGUUGAAAAGCAUGAAGCUUAGUCACUCUUACAAUCUGAUUAGAACACCAGACUUCACACAAAUUCCGAAUAUAGAGAGCCUUGAUCUUGAAGGGUGUAUAAGCUUGCUUGAGGUUCACGAAUCCGUUGGACUGCUCACAAAGCUUGUGCUUUUAAAUUUGAAAGACUGCAAAAAUCUUGUGAGUUUCCCAAGCAGCGUCUGUGGUUUGAAAUCUCUCAAGAAUCUGAAUCUAUAUGGCUGCUCGAAACUUGAAAAACUUCCCCAGAACUUGGGGGAAGUCGAGUGUUUGGAGGAGCUAGAUUUAAGUGGGACUGCAAUAAGAGAACUGCCACCCUCUAUUACUCUCUUGACACAUCUUGAAAAGCUGUCUCUCCGUGGAUGUAAUGGGCAACAAAACAGAACAUGGACUUCUUCCAUCUGGUCAUUGCUUUUGCCGAAAAGAUACCAAGAUUCAAUGUGUUUAUCGCUGGCUAAUUUGAUAGGUCUGAAGUCUCUUAGAACAUUAGACUUGAGUGAUUGCAAUCUUUUGGAGGGAGCAAUCCCCAAUGAUCUUUGUUCCUUAGUCUCUUUAGAAACUUUAGAUUUAAGUAGAAACCAUUUUGUUAGCCUACCAUCAAGAAUGAAUCAGCUUUCUAAGCUUAAAAAUCUUUCAGUGAACAAUUGCCAGAGGCUUGAGUCUUUGCCAGAGCUUCCAUUUGGAAUAAUUUUUAUUGGGGCACAAGCUUGCGUUGCAUUGAAAACAUUCUCAAGUCCACUAAGUCCAACUAGUUCUGCAAAUAUCUUGGUCCAGUUUUUCAAUUGCUCCGAACGGGUCACAGAUCAAGGCAGCACGACCAACAUCACGUUGGCAGUUAUGUUCCUGAAACUACGGCUUCAGGAACUCUCUAGUCAAUCUGCUCAAUUUCAUAUUUGCCUUUCUGGUGGUGAGAUUCCAGAGUGGUUUAGCCAUCAGAGUCAUGGAGCCUCAGUAAGAAUCCAACUACCUCCACACAGGUACAAUGAUAACUUCAUGGGAUUCAUUGUUUGUUUAGUGUUUUCGCUGUCUGAUUAUUCAGAUCAAAUAUGUGAGGAGUCCAGACAGUUCUUCCAGAUUCGAUGCUUUUUAGAGAUUAAAUAUAUAGUUUCUUUCUCUUUCACAUUUCUCACCCCUAGUUCCUCAACUGUGGAGUCUGAUCACCUUUGGCUAGGCUAUAUUUCACAUACAGAGUUUGAAGGUAUUUCAAUAAGGAAAAGUUGGCUUCAUGACAUUAAAGCAAGCUUUAAAGUCUAUGGACAUGGUAUGCAAGGAUGCAGUGUCUCUGUGAAAAGGUGUGGAAUUCAUCUUCUUUACAAAUAGGAAAACAGAAUAAGAUAAAUUUGGAGACAUAGUUUAUAUAUUUUUAUGGGAUAACUCUUGAUUUAAUGAUGUUGAUUAUCAUUUGUCAUGAUGCUAACAGUUUCCUAUCAGUAUUUGUUACAACUGUGACAAACAUAUGGAUUCUUGAUUUGAUUUGUUAAUACUUAGAUGUGUUAUGAUAGAAAUUGGUUUAUUUUAAUGCCCGAAAAUUCGAUGAUUCUUUGUUGCUUCUUUAAUCAGAC